UGAUGCUGUGACACUACUGUAUUAGGUCUCAUCAUACUUAGUCUUAUCAGUUUACUAUAUGUGUCCAUGUGAUAUAUCUUAACUUGUAUCUUUGUUAAAUUUUCCAGGUCUUGAAGUUACAAUGGGGAUAUACACAGAUAAUAAUUCAAAUCUAACACGUUUUGUGACUAUUCUGACCAUGGAGUCAUUGGACAUACCACAAUCCAGUGCUUUUUCUAUAUUCAUUUUUGGCAUCAUCACAUACUGUUUAAUUUUGUUCAUCCAGUUCAUUCUUCUUGCAACUAUUGUUCUAAAAAGGGAACUGCAUAAACCUAUGUACAUGCUGCUGUUUAAUCUGUCUAUAUGUGACCUUAUGGGAGCUACAGGUUUUUACCCUCAACUGUUUGGUAGUAUACUGUCUCUGAGCAGAGAAAUCUCCUACCCUGCCUGUGCCUUGCAAGGCAUUCUAAUUCACCUCUAUUUGUGUGGAUCACUUUUAUUUCUCACUGUUAUGUCUUAUGAUAGAUACAUUGCCAUUUGCAAGCCUUUGAGGUAUCAUAAUCUAAUGACACAAGGUACCUUGAUGAAGCUUAUUUUUAUGGUCUGGUCUGCAGAUUUUGCUAUAAUUGGGUCGGUAUUCGGGCAAACAUUAAGCAAAGAAAUCUGCAGGACAAAUAUAGUUGACACAUAUUGCAAUAAUCCUUCAUUAAUGAAGUUAAUCUGUGAGGAUACAAGAGUAAUUAACUAUUAUGGCUUGUUUACUAUAGCUCUUGUACAAGGCCCUUCAAUACUGAUGGUAUCGUUUACAUAUGUCAAAAUCCUAAUUACCUGUCGUUCUACAAAACAGGCAAAAUCUAUAAGUAAGGCAAUGCAAACCUGUGGGACACAUUUAGUUGUUUUUCUGAGUUUUGAGCUCAACACAUUUAUGCUACUGGUUUCUCACAGGUUAGAAUCAGUAUCUCCACACUUACGAAGGGCAUUUGGUGUUUCAGUUAUUAUCUUCCCUCCAAUUCUUAAUCCUCUAAUUUAUGGAUUGAAUACAAGGGAAAUUCGACAAACAAUUUUUAAAUUCUUACAAAGACAGGUUUCUUUUACAUAA